UCUCUCUCUCUCUCUCUCAUAUAUCCUAGAAGCUUGAGGCCGUCAAUUUAGAACCCUAGAAAAAGAACGAGACAAUCAUGAAGACCACGAAACCACUGACGGAACUCAAGCUCUCUGUACCACCUCAAGAAACUCCAAUCUCCAGCUUCUUGACUGCCAGUGGAACAUUUCACGAUGGGGAUUUGCUUUUAAACCAGAAAGGUUUGCGGCUCAUUUCUGAAGAGAAGGAACCUCGUCCUGUAGAAAGUAAGGAGAUUGAUCUUCAAUUCUCAUUGGAAGACCUUGAGACGAUCAAAGUCAUUGGAAAGGGCAGUGGUGGUGUAGUUCAACUUGUUCGCCAUAAAUGGGUUGGAACUUCAUUUGCCUUGAAGAAGUUCAUAAGUGAUGUGCCACAGGUUAUCCAGAUGAAUAUACAAGAAGAUAUCCGUAAACAAAUUGUGCAGGAGCUGAAAAUAAAUCAAGCAUCACAAUGUUCAAAUGUUGUAGUUUGCUACCACUCUUUCUAUCAUAAUGGAGCUAUCUCUCUUGUGUUUGAAUACAUGGACCGUGGGUCCCUGGCAGAUGUAAUCAGACAAGUUAAGACACUUCUUGAACCAUAUCUGGCAGUUGUUUGUAAACAGGUUUUACUUGGUCUCGUGUACUUGCACCAUGAAAGACAUGUGAUCCAUAGGGACAUAAAGCCGUCCAACCUCCUAGUAAACCACAAGGGUGAAGUAAAAAUUACAGACUUUGGCGUGAGUGCGAUGCUCGCCAGCUCUAUGGGCCAGCGGGAUACAUUUGUUGGGACUUACAAUUACAUGGCGCCUGAAAGAAUCAGUGGGAGCAGCUAUGACUAUAAAAGUGAUAUUUGGAGUUUGGGCAUGGUGAUACUUGAGUGUGCUAUAGGACGUUUCCCUUACAUACAAUCCGAAGAUCAGCUAGGUUCGCCAAGCUUUUAUGAGCUUUUGGAGGCAAUUGUGGAAAAUCCACCACCAUCUGCUCCACCAGAUCAAUUCUCCCCCGAGUUCUGUUCAUUCAUCUCCGCCUGCAUACAGAAGGAACCUGGAGACAGAUCGUCAUCUUUGGACCUUUUGAAUCACUCAUUCAUCAAGAAAUUUGAAGACAAGGACAUUAAUCUUGGGAUUCUGGUAGGUAGCUUGGAAACUCCUGUUAAUUUUAUAGGGUAAUCACUAUCAUGUAAUGAGAGUCUUCGGUGUGUAAAAUGUUUUUUAUUCAAAUGUAUCAGCCAACAGUCAUGCUCAAAGAUUUACAUAAAUCUGAUUGUAGCAUUCUACUAAAAUCUUUGUAACACAUAGAAGGCUUGAUUUUGACACACAAUUGUGAGAGAUAGUGCAAUGAGAUUUAGAUUCUUUGUGAUAUAUACAUUCC